AUGUCGGACCCUCCCAAGAAGCCUGGCUCGCUGCGAGAUCGCAUAGCGGCAUUCGAGAACAAGGGCGGUUCUGCGUCACCGCCGGCCCCAGUUCCUGCUCCCCGACCCAAACCCGCAGGCGGCGUAUCCUGGAAGCCAACGCCACGCUCAUCGCCUACCCUCACGCCCGCAGGAGAUGGAUCCGAUAGAUCUGCCCCUGGCAUGUCGGCUGCGGACGCGAAGACGAGCAUUGGACAGGGUGGAAGCUUGAAAGAGCGUAUGGCUGCUUUACAAGGCUUAAGGGCAUUUGGUGGUGAGCCAACCCCGCCUCCAAAGCCUGCAACUGAGAAGCCAAGGUGGAAGCCACCCCCGGUUGUCGCUGUCCCUCCCGCCGAUGCUGAGAAUGCCGGCACAGAACAAGGAGGAUUACCAGAGUCUGGCACCCAUUUUCAGGUCGAUGAGCAGCACCCUGAACCUGCCGCAAGAGAUGAACCUCCCUCUGAACAAGAAGAUGCGCAGGCUGAACCUGAUUUUGAGGAGGAGGAGAGGCAGCGCCGUGCAGCCAUUGCUGCACGCAUGGCUCGUCUGGGAGGUGCUAGGGUGGGCAUGGGUCCUCCUGUGCUCGCCAGGAAGCCGGAAAUGAAGAAGGCUGAGACGCCUCAAGUGCAUGGAGAGGAGCAGCCUGUAGAGCCUUCGGAGGAGAGGACCCCUAAGGCCAUUCUAUCCCCUCCUGUGAUAUCUCCCUCUGUGGCAUCAGGAGAAUCAGAGAAAGCGGGUACAGAACACUUCGAGACUAAAGACGAUGGCCUACUUACGACUACUUCCGGAACCCCACCUGGUUCACGUUCACCCUCUAUGCCAGUUCCAGCUGCUCCGCGUAGGGCUGCUCCGCCUCGAAAGCGCGCGGCCAAGUCGCCUUCGCCUGCUCCCGCAGAGGUCCUAGGACAGGGGGUGAUUAAUGAGAGCCCUAUGCCUAUACCAGGAGUUUCUAUCGGAGCAGCAUCAGAGGCUGGGCCGGUUGAACUACUCGGAGACCGUGAACCAGAGAUGAGAGAAUCUCGGAUGGAGGUCCUCCUUGAGAGCUUGCAUAUCGCCGAUGCCGGACCUCCUGAUGCAACUAGGGAGUGCUUGGCCGCGGAGGAAGCUCAACAUGCAAUACAACCAGUGGAACCGUCUGUCGCUGAAGAAAUUGUUGGAGAGCCCUUAGCUAGUGAACACCGUCUGCACUCUGAGACUGAUUCCGUGCAUUCUGCUCUGCAGCCGUUGGAGAAUUUGGUCGAGCCUACUGCCCAUCAUCAGGAAGGUAGUGCCAGUUCUAGGGAUGAAGCGCAUGUCGCCGCAUCAGAUUCUGCUUUUCAAGAGGAAGAAGAUGACGAUGCCCGUCGCAAACGCAUUGCGGAGCGUCUUGCGAAAGCAGGAGGAGUGAAUCCAUUAAGUGGACGUCCCCUACGAGCGCCUACUUCCCCUAUCGAUGCUGCUCCUGGACGCCACCAGAGUUUGCGAAGGGAUAGCCGGGACUCUACUGCAUCAUUCAAGCACUCCGAAUCUGAGGAUGCUGUCGCCGUACGACGCCGUAGUACUGAUUCGGUCGCCUCACGGUCACAGGUUCCCCCCUCCCCUCCCACCUUACCGACUUCGCAGAAGCCGGAGAUUUUGGGUAGGAAGGGAAGCAUCGGGUCCGUUAAGUCGAAUGUUAGCAUUGAGCCUCCGGUGCGGAGGAUGUCUCAGGAUGAUCCCAGAAUAUUAACGGCGCAUAUCGCCGGCCAUCCGGAAGCAACCUCGACCGCGGCACCAAUAGACAGAGGAAUUCCCGACGAGGAAGGCGGAGGAGAAAUCGAUCCGCAUGGUCCUUACGAGGCAACUCACGAUCUACAGAGCGUGGCUGAGGAAGAAGAACGACUACACGGUAACGACAUAGCGCUUGCUUAUCUUUCUGAACCGGAACAGUUAACGUACGAUGGCGGCGAUGGAAUAUCUAUUACUCACCAUGAAGUAGAUGAGUAUGGGUUUGAAGGAGAACGACCCACUGCCACCUCGCCAACAAGUUAUCGAACGUACUCACACGAGCUUCAAUAUGGCGGAUCGCAGCCACACCGUUUACCUGUCGUACGUUCCCAUGAUGAGUCUAAAAGGCAGUCGAUCCCCCCGCCUCCUAGGACGCUUCCUUUACCACCAGACAAUGGACCUGAAAUGACCAACGUCGGACCCCCAUCCGUUCCGAGAUCAAUAAGACCUUCUGUUCCGUUACCAGAGACCCAUUACGUCAAAGAACACACUCUCGAGGAACCCGCGUCGCAUUCAUCGAGGCCCAUUACAUACCUUGAGGUUGAAGAAGAACAGCCAGUUCCUGCGUCUGAUCGUGAGGAAGACAGCUAUGAAGACUAUGAGCAUGAGGAACAUGAAGCAUAUGAAGCAUAUAAACCAGCAGAGAACAUUCAGGCAGGAUACAGUCAGAGCGUCAACAUUGAUGCAUUUGAAUCAGUGCCAGCUGAUCUGCAUCAUGAUGUGGAAGAGGAUAUUUUGUCUCCGCCUCCGCCUCCGCCGCGUCGGACCUCUGCGGUGCUAUCCAUUGAGCACGGGAGGUAUGCUGGAGCUGUGGAAGAGGAUUACCUUGAUGCAUCCCCCCCUUCUCCGCCUCCUCUGCCAACAAACUCUCUUGGCUCGGAUAUUAAGCGCACGUCCUUGAAGGGAAAGGUUGAUACUGGUGCCCAUGCUACGCAUGUACCCGUCCCUGCGGCUCAGCAUGCUAACGAAUACGAGAUUUUGGAUGAUUCGGAUGGUGAUCCUAUAGAUCCGACGUUCUACAAAUCCCAUAAAUCCCCCAGCACCACUCCCGAAUUUGACCCCUUAGCGCCCGAUCUUCCUACGGGUUCGCUUGCAACUGAAGCUACUGCCAUAACCGACACAACCGAGGAAGAUCCAGAGCAAGCACGUCGACGCACGAUUGCUGAGCGUAUGGCGAAGUUGGGGGGAUUAAGAUUCGGAGCCCCUAUUCCGCCCCCUCCUGUUCAUCGCCCACAACCCCAUGUUCCAUCUGAGGAAGAUCACCCUGGAGAGGUUGUCCCAUCAGACAACGAAACCGAGAUACAAGAAGGUUCAGAAGAAGAGGAUGAGGCUGCAAGAAGGCAGCGUAUCGCGGCCCGCCUCGCGGGUAUGGGUGGAUUGCGAUUUGGGAUGUUACCUGGCGCAGUAGCGCCGCCUCGCCCCCCGCAGGCUCAUGAUGCACGCGAACUGGAACAACGUCAAGAACCCGCAUCUGAAAGUGCGUCACAUGUCGCGAAACGUACCGUCUCGAUUUCAAGACCUCAGCCCGACCCAGUCUCUGAUGAUGGUGAGGCUAUUGAAUAUGAAGAAAGCGAGGCAGAGGAGGUUAGCUACGAAGAAGUUCAAGAUGAUGUGCCACCACCUCCUGUUCCAUCCCGAGAGCACAGACGUACAUCGCCGAUUGAACUCCAGCGUCCACCUGUACCCCAGACUACGCGGCCGCCUGUCCCACAGGUCCCGGUUCCUCCGGUAUCCUCGAGAUCAGGCAGGGCUCCCUCUGGUGUGGAUGCGUCUUCCUUCAGCUACCCUCCUCCACCAUCAACCAGACCGCCGCCGCCGUCGCAUGACUCUCAUGGAGAUUAUGUGAUGGUCAACAAGGAUGAAUCUGCAGAUGAGCCACCACCGCCUCUACCGCCACCACGCACAGUGAGUCUUAAUCGAGCACAUCCCCCUCCGCGGAAUGUACCCCCUCCACCACAGCCACAGUUAUCACUCGCUGCAGUGAACUCAUCUGAAGGACGGCUAGAAGAGCCAGCGAUCCCACGUGUCGACUUCGGAGGCGAAACCGAUCUCUCUUUAUCGGGUCAAUGGUCGGAGGAUUCUACUAAUUUACCACCGCCUACUCCUACUAAAGCCACUUCUCAACCAACUACCGCAAGACAAGCUAGUGCCUCUCAGGUAGAUGGGCACAUAUCCGCUGACGAUCUGAUCGUUAUCUGGGGUCGUGUCGGUAUACAGAUUCAUGAAACAGCGACAGUGCUAUUCGAAAAAUCUAAGAAAUCCCUCGUUGGCGAUGGGUCCUACCUUGGAUUUGUGACCGCUACGCUCAAUCAAGUUCCAAAUGCAGUACAACCUGUGGCGCCUUACGAUUCAUUCGGCCACCUUAUCUACGCACAAAGCGGAAGUGCUGUACAGCGACGCGUCAGCGACUUGAUGCCUGGUGAUGUGAUUAUUCUGCACGAUGCGAAGUUCAAAGGGCACAAAGGGCUGCAGAGCUACCACCAACAUGUAGGUAUUGGAGACCCACUGUAUGCCAUUAUCGGAGACUACGAGGUCAAGAAAUCGAAAGUCAGGGUAUUUCAAGCCAAUCAGCAUGUGGGCCAGCAGACCGUGGAGUCAAUGAGCUAUCGUUUGGAAGACUUGAAGAGUGGCACAAUCAAGAUUUUCCGUGUGCUAGAAGCGUAA